AUGGCAAACAUGGCAAUGUUUCUGUUUGCGUGUGUCGGUGCCAUCUUGACUACCGGCAUGGAGAUCCCCGCUACAGACCAAGCAGAUGAGUCAUGCGCAUUGCAGAGCAAAGCCUCGGACCACGUGACGGAGAAGCUGGAGACCUCGGAGGAGCCACUUGCAGCAACGCAAGCAGCAACGCAAGUGACGUCCGAAUCCGGAAGUGGUGCAACACAUUCACCUCCUCCCCCAUCAGGCAUAAGGGCAAAGGGCUGGCGAAUCACCGCCAUCAAGCCUUCUGAAGCGAUGUGGGGAUGGGAUGUGAAGCAGGUGCAGUUCCUGACCGACACAGGUGACGAACUCAUGCCAUUGCCUCCUUUGGGAUGCGCAACUGUUUCCAGUGGCACGGUUGAAGUCGAGGGAUGGGAGCCUGAGAAUGCGUUCAGGUACGAUAUUGAUGCGAAAUGGGGCGGUCGCAAGGAUGCGAGUGGAAGCUUCUACAUUGGGGUCCAUUGCCCCACUGCGGUGAAGUUGGGGGAGGUGAGGCUUCAACAAGAGCCUCAUCCGUCGAGCCCACCUGUUGACCAGGUGAAGAUUGAAUUCACCAUGGAUGGUUUCGGUGGGAGUACUCAAUGGCAUAAGUUCUGCGAGGUGUCAAUCAGCCAAAACAGCUUGGAGCCGAUAUGGUUUCUCGGAAUUCUCUAUUACGUUGAGGCUUGCCACAUGUGCAAUAAGAACUGGUGUGCCGGACCGUACAUGCAGCACGACACCUACGUUGAAGUUGAUCAUGCGAAAGGACCUUCCUUGGCAGAUGCGCCUGAGGGCUGCGGCGUGAUCACCUCCGAUACCAGGAUGGCCCGCAACCCCGAGACAGGAGCAAUCUACGCCCUGGUUCCUUUUUCAAGCCCAUGUGAUUGCACCACGGAGUGGAUGAGCGGACAUGUUCAUGUGGGCCUCAAUGGUUGUGCGGCUCACAACCAUGAUGGGGAAAUGUGGUGCUACGUUGUCGGAGGAAGGAACUGCUGGCAGGCAAGAAAGUCUGCGCGGUUUCCUGGCGCAUUUUUUAUUUCUGGGUGCACGCCUUCCACUCAGUCCACUCCAAAACAGGUACUUGGCCGCCCAUUAACCCUGAACGGCAAGACCUUGCUGGCUGCUGCCACUGCAACGCGUGAGGUCAAGGAUUUGGCUGAUGGGUGGGGAUUCCCCGCCAGUAACUUGGGUCACCCAAUGCUGUCAGCAGUGAGCGGCAGAGCUGCGCAUAUGCCUCAGGAAUUGCUGGAGGAAGCCCUGCGUGGCUUUGGCGCCGGAAAUCCAUUCCCAGAGGCAACCGGCACUCUGGCGAUGGAAUCGCAACUCCCGCACAUGCUUGCUGUGGCACAAGCGGAGCUUGCCAGUGCGGGUCCUGAGGAGCGUGAGCAUUGGAAGGAAGCGGGCUUGGCAGAGCAUGCGUCAGUUGGUUCCUUUGCGAAGCUUUGCUUGGAGUUGCUUGUUGCAGGAGCACCGCCAAGGUUGUUGCGCCGCGCCAUCAAGGCGCAGGAGGAGGAACUUGUGCAUGCUCAUCUGUCUCUGGGCCUUUUGCGUGGUGCAAACCAUGAACUCCAAUCGCCCACUGUCUUCAAAAGCUUGAGGGUCGACCUCGCCAAUGCUACCCAGACAGAUGGCCACGGUGGCUUUGCCAUCGAACGCUUGGACCUCCCAGAACACAGCUUUGAAGUACGGCGUGACUUUGUUGCGCUCCGAAAUGCCGCCAUCGAGGAGGGUCUCAUCGGCGAGGGCCGUGCGGCGCUUCGGCUCUUCCAGCGCUCUCUUGAAACUCUGCAUGGCCAGAGCGAGGGUAAGCUGGAUGGCGGCGAGGUGUUGUCGGAAGGCCGCCGGGCUCUUGCGAAGAUCGUUUGGGCGAUUGCGAACGAUGAGGCGCGCCACGCCGCAUUGGCCAUGGAGACCAUUGAGUGGCUUUCGGGGAGAGACAGCAGACCACAGGCACAGCUGCCCAAAGUGCAGAUCAGCUCAGGGACUGUGGUCGUGCAGGAGGUUGCAUAA